AUGCAAAUUCUAAGGUUGGUUCCAUUUUCAAGGGAUUUCUGUAAAUUAAAUUUUUCUAGAAAGGGUUAAAUUAAUUAAGCAUCAAAAUAUCAAAUUCAAUUCAGUUUUUCUCAUGAGAAAGUAAGUAGCAAAAAAAGUUGUUCCACGUUUGGCUGACAAUAAAAAUAUAUUUAGGGGUACUGUAACGUGAAGUGUUUGCAUGCAAACACUUGAUGCUCUGCACACAUUGCAUUUUAGUUGACGACAAAAACGUUUUUUGCAGAAAUUUUCAGUGUUUUCUUUUGCGGCGAGUUAGGUUGCUUUUUGAAAACAGAAUUCACAAUUAUAUAUUUUCUAGUUUUUAAACUCAUUCAAAAUUAGUUUUUCAAACAUUUCUCAUAUUUUUCUAGAUAGAAUUCUCGCUGAAAAUGCUCCGUAUCUUUUCUAUGAAACGAAAAAGUUUCAGGUAUUGAUAUUUAGUUAUAAAAAUGAUUAAUUUGUUGUUUUAUAGGAGUGGAGAUGAUGAAGAUGAAAGUGUGGAAUUGUUGCGACCGGAAGAUGACGAUGAAUUAGUGACAGAUGCUGAAAAUGAAAAUGAAAAUGAAAAUGAAGAAUUGGAAACGAAAACAGCGAAGAAAGAAACGAAUAAAGAAUUUUGGGAUCGUAAGUUUUCUUUUAAUUUGAAAAACUUUUCAUGAAAAAUUUUUCAGGUCAAUAUAAAAAUUUGAUGCACUUUUUGGUGGAAGAUUGGUUUAUAUCAGCGAUGCUUGGAAUAAUCACUGCGAUUUUAUCAAUUUCAAUCGAUGUUGGAAUUGAGUUGCUAAUUCAUUGUGAGUUCUUUCGAUUCAGAUUUAUUUUAAAAAAAUUUCAAUUCAGUGCGUAAUCAUUUGUUUGAAAUAUCGAAAAGUUAUCACGAAUCAAUGGGUUUUGUUGUUUGGGUAUCUUAUAUCACAUUCUUCGUUUGGGCAUCUGCUAUUAUUUGUUAUGCAUUUGGAAAACAAGCAGUUGGCUCAGGAAUUCCAGAAGUUAAAGUCAUUAUUCAUGGUUUCAAGAUGAAAAAUUAUCUAUCACUGAAAACCUUGAUUGCAAAAGUAUUAGGAUUAACAUUAGCAAUGGGAUCAGGAUUGCCAAUUGGUAAAGAAGGACCUUUUGUACAUAUUGGAGCAAUUGUUGCAUCUCUACUCAAUAAAGCAACAUCUGCUUGUCGAUUCAAUUCAUUUUUCUCAAAUGAAGGAAGAUCAAUGGAAAUGUUGAGUAUUGGAUGUGCUGUUGGAAUUGCUUGUACAUUUUCUGCUCCAAUGGGUGCUGUAUUAUAUGGUAUUGAAUCGACUUCCAAAUAUUUCGCAGUCAAAAAUUAUUGGAGAUCAUUUUUUGCAACAACUUGUUCAGCUCUGAUUUUUCGAUUUGCUCUUUUAUUUUUCGUUCCUCCUCACAUUGCUGGUACAAUUAUGGCUUAUUAUCAAACCAAUUUUCCAAACGAAGUAUUUGUGAUUGAAGAAAUCGGAUUUUUCGUUUUACUUGGAGUUGCUUUCGGUCUUCUUGGUGCUCUUUUCGUUUAUUAUCAUCGAAGAAUUUCACUUUUCAAAAAACGGAAUCGUGCAUUCAAAUCAGUUUUUGGUAAUAGGUAAGUGCAAAAAUUUAUUGCUUUUUUGAAAAAAAUAAAAAAAUUGUUACAGCCCCAUAAGUUUCACAGUGAUUUGUGCAGCUUUAUUCGCAGUUCUUGCAUUCCCAGAUGGAUUUGGAACAUUUUUCGCAGGCAAAAUGACAUUCCAUGAAACACUUGUUGAUUUUAUUGCAAAUUGUACAUUUACAAUGUCAAAUGUAUCAAAUAAUGGAUGUCCGCCUGAAUUGGUUGAAAGAUGGACUUCUAUAAAUGGUUUUCAUCCGCUGAUGACUCUUUCAUUAUAUUUCACAAUUUAUGUGAGUUUUUUCAAAGUUUCGAAUUGAGUUUCAAAAAAAAACAUUUUUGCAGUUCCUUCUUGUCCCAAUUUGUAUUGGUUUAUUCAUCCCAUCCGGUAUAUUUGUUCCAUGUUUUGUGAUUGGAGCUUGCGGUGGAAGAAUUGCUGGUGAAUUGAUUGCAAUGAUAUAUCCUGAUGGUUUCCACGAUGAAACAUUUAUAUAUCCUGGAUUAUAUGCUGUGGUUGGUGCUGCUGCUUUUACUGGUUCAGUUACUCAUUCAUUAUCGAUUGCUUUGAUUGUUUGUGAAACUACUGGACAACUUUGCGCUUUAUUGCCAGUUUUGGUGAGGUUUUUUGAAAUAGCAGAAAAAAAGUGUUUAAAAAAUUAUUAAUUAGAAAAUGAUUUUUGUCUUGCCACGUCGUAUUUCACGUGAGAACAUUUAUUUAACAACGAUUUUUUUUCAGAUUUCAUUAAUGAUUUCAAAUGCAAUCUGUUCCUUCCUUCAACCAUCUAUUUAUGAAUCAAUAAUCAAAACAAACGGCUAUCCAUAUCUUGCUGAUCUUCCACCAAGUCGUAUAAGUGUUCAUCAAAUGAAAAUCGAGCAAAUUAUGAUAAAAGAUAUUGUUUAUAUCACACGAGACACGACAUAUUGGGAACUCCGCGAGAUUCUUCUUCAGACACCAAAUUUGCGAUCUUAUCCAUUUGUCACCGAUAAAAGUAAGUUGAAUGAUUAUUUUUUCGAAAAAAAAACCAAAAAAAAUUUGCAGCUUCAAUGACAUUAUUGGGAAGUGUGGCACGAAAAUAUUUAGUGUAUUUGAUUCAGCAAAAAUUGGGAUCUGAAGCUGAUAUGUUUGCACAACGGAGAAAUGAUCAAACAUCUUCAGAAUUAUUUAUCAGUUUGAGACAAGGAUCACAACCGAUGUUGACAGAUCGGAGUAUUUCUGGAAGUACAUUGUUGCCGCAAUCACUUCUUCACGAUGAUCAGGUUUUGAUAAUUAAUAAAAAUACACAUAAUUCAUCAAGAAUUAUUUUCAGGGAGAAAAUGGUCCAUUAGCAUCUUUGUUAUAUUCACAAAAUGAAGACACAACCCCAAUUGUUCAUUCUAUGGCUCAAAAAGUUGAACUUCUUUCAAGCAAAGUUGAUCUAAUUGAAGUUGCCAUAGAUCCAGCUCCAUUUCAACUUGUUCGAGGAACUUCUCUCUACAAAGUUCAUACACUUUUCUCAUUAUUGGCUUUGAAUCACGCUUAUGUUACUGAAAAAGGCCGACUUGUUGGAGUUGUUUCGGUGAAAGAACUUCGUGAAACUUUGAACAAUAUUUAUAGUCGAGGAGCUGUUGCACCAAGGCAAAGAGUGAGACCAAUUAAUGAUGGUUAGUUAUUUUUUAAUAAUUAUAAAAAUUCUGAUCGGAGAAAUUCAUUUUCAGAGGAAAAUGCGUUGUCUUCCUGA